AUGUCUGUGUCAAGCGCAAGUCACAACGACUCCCCUCAUAUGUAUCAAGCAGCCACUCCAGCCGAUAUCGUCUCUGGCUAUAAUUACCCUACAAUGGCAAGCACCACGCCACCUCCCGCCGGAGCCUCCGAAGCCCGCAAUUCGUCCGAAUCGGGCGUUUCGUCGCUCAAGAGCCCCCGCACACCUCGAUUUGCCGAGGAAACUUCGGUUCAAUCCCCCAUUGGUGCAACUGAAACCGGGAGAUCUCCAUUUGCAGACCCCCCAAAGUCCCAGACACCCCCCGAUGUGUCAGAUGUAGGAUUUGGAUACGUCGCCGCAAAUGAUCCGGCCCAGCAUGCGUCCCAUUUCCAACCUCCUCCAGCAUCGCCUCUCAAAAGCGCUAUGAAGGUUCCCGGGACACCGGGACGUGCUUUGAAUCCACUCAGUCCAACCUUCCGGGAAGAAUUCUAUGUGGAGAAACAGGAAAGAGAUGCGGGUAAGGAUAAUGCUAAGGAUCUGAGAAUCAAAUUGCGAGUCCGGAUAGCCAAGAUUUUCCUUCGAUUCGUGAACUUCGGCUGCAGUCUUAUCGUGCUGGCCAUUCUGGGCACAACUUUGAACGUUUUUCUCACGACCAAGUCCCUUCCUGCUCGCAAUAACCUUCCCGCCUGGGCCGAAGGCACCAACCCAUGGCCACAAUACUUGCUGCUUAGCAUCUCAUGUGUGUCACUGUUUGCUUGUCUGAUAGUGUUCUGGGGCUAUUGGAAGGGUGGUCAUAAGCGUGCCGAAAAGGUCGCCAUCUACUACUCGAUUAUCUCCGUUGGUUUCUUCGUCUUCAGUCUUAUCAUGUGGAUCGUUGGAGCUGCCAUCUACGAACACUCCAAGGCCAAUGGAAAUUCAAAAGAUCUCUGGGGCUGGUCAUGCAAUCAGAACACCAGAGAAAAGUUAUUCGACAAUGACAUUGAUUAUGCCCUUGUCUGCCGUCUACAAGAUUGGGGCCUUGUAUGUGCCAUCAUCGAAGUCGUGAUUGAGGUCUUGGUCAUUCUCAUCUAUGCGGUCGUCUUUUACCGAUUUUACACCAAGAGACGACUUAUCAAGACGAUGAACCGCCGUGACAAGGCCAGGUCGGACCUCUACCUUGCCCAGCUCCGCUUCCAAUCAGCCCCCAACACCCCUGGAUUCCCACAAACCCCCAAGACGCCUUUUAUUUCCACCUCGCAGUCACAUGACCCCUACUCUGCUGCGGAGAAUGGCGAGAUGUACUCGACCCAGUACGCUACUCCGCAAUCCCCGGCCAAGCCGCAGCCAUCAUUCCAGCUCCAACCGCCCCCCAUCCGCGUUCAGCACCCAACCCCCAAGCAAGAGCAGGAGGGAUUCCCGGCUCCUCCUCCACCAGCCCAUACCGAGGCCAACCAGCACGUGGGCGCUGCACCUGGCGAGCGCACUUAUGACGCUGUCCCCAUCCCCGUUGCCUACGCCAGUCCAAUGAGCCCUAACUUUCCUCCAGGAACUCAUCACUAA